CCCAGCCCAUACAAAAUGACUAUUUCUAUUAAAAAAGAAAAAAGAAAGAAGCUCGUGCGUCUUGUUUCUAGCUCGAAGUCGAAGAAGAUCACUAGGGUUGGUUCCUUUUCUUCGCUGCUCUCCAUGGCUAGUUCUUCGAAGAAAUCGGCCGCAGAAGCUAAAUCAUCGGGCAAGCGAAAAAAGUCGGAAGAUGAUUUGGAGCAAGCUAAUUUAUUGGUGAAGCGCAAGCUGAAAGAUAAUUUGGAGACCAAACAUAUGAUUCUGAAGAAACAUAAGGUUGCUGUAAAAAAGAAAACGAUCUUGGUUGGCCGAGUCCCUACCCAUGCUGGUAUAGCAGAUAUCAUUGAUUUCUUCAAAGAUGUUGGCCAAGUUGUUCGCGUUCAACGUAUUGUGAAACCCUGGCUGAAGGCGAAUACUAGAAUUGCCUUUGUUAAGUUUGCUUCUUCUAACGAAGCAGAGAAGGCUGCCCAAAAGCUUGAAAAUUUGCAGAUUUUUGGUCAGAUUAUUGCAUCUUACCGUCCUUCACGACUCAAGUAUUGCAAAGAUCACAUAGUCUGGAACAAAGAUUACCUUCUAGGAAAAGAAGAUGAGACACCUUCCAAUUUUGUUGAGAGUGUUCUCUUUGUUUCCAAUCUCUCUCCUCAGACUAAAAUAUUUCAUAUCAUCGAUUACUUCAGUUAUGUUGGAGAAGUGGUUACUGUUCGACUUAUUGUAAAUCCCGAGGGUAGGCAUGUGGGCUAUGGCUUUGUUGAGUUUGAUUCUGCCGAUGCAGCACAUAAUGCGCUCGAACUUAUGAAUGGUGAAUACUUGCUCGAUCACAUGGUUUUUCUUGAUGUGGCUAAGCUACCUCCGUACCGUCUUCUACACCAGUACAACCUUGCAGAGAAGCUCUGUUACGAAGACUAUCUUCGACGAGCGAUCACAAAAGGAAGACUUGAUGAAACUUCCUAUGAAGAAGAAGAAGGCCUUGAUGGAACUCCAAGUUUUGUUGAGGCAGCUGCUGUAAGACGUAAGACUAUAUCUGUCGGCAAUCUCCCUUGCCCAACUGUAAUACGAGAUAUCAUCGAUUUAUACAAAGAUGUUGGACAAGUUGUUCAUGUUCGACUUGUUACAGACUGCGAGGGCAACCAAAAUGGCAUGGGCUAUAUUGAGUUUGCUUCUGCUAAAGAAGCAGAGAAGGCGAUGAAAGAGAAGUAUUUGCAUGGUCAAAAAUUGUAUCCUUAUCCGGCUGAGGAAUUUCCAAACCUUCCGCGUCCCAAGUAUUGCAUCGAUCACAAUGUUUGGUACGAAGAUCAACUUGGACGAGAAAACCGUUUGAUCGAUGAGGAAUUGGAGGAAGGAUUUGGUGAAACUCAUGAUUUUGCCGAGGAAGUAGCAUUAAGAAAAAAGACACUCUUUGUUUACAAUCUCUCUCCCAACGUAACAACAUGUCAGAUCUCUGCUUACUACAAAAAUGUUGGAGAAGUUUGCCGUGUUCGACUUGUUGUAAACCGCGAGGGUGAGCAUGUGGGCUGUGGCUUUGUUGAGUUUGCUUCUGCUGUCGAAGCAAAGAAGGCGCUGCUGUACGAGAGUAGAGCUCUGAAUAUUCAUAUCAUUUCUGACGUGGUUGAGAUGUCUCCAUACCCUAUCCGACCCAAGUACAACCUUGCAGAGAAGCUCUGGAGGAACGAAGAAUACCUUCUACCAGUAAGCCUUCCGAUAGAAGGAGAUUAUUUGGAGAAACCGGAGGUGACUAAAUUAUUCUGCGGUAAGAGGAUAACCUUCUCUGACGAUGACUGAUGGAAGAAGAUGAAGAAGCUAUCUGGUGUUUUUUAACUUGUGAUACAUUUCAACUUGAUGUUCUAGUUUAGUUAUUGUGUUGAGUCUAUGUUAAAAUAUGCUUUAACCUGUGAUGUUUUGUUAGAUUCAAUCUUUCGCAUCUUUCACCAAAGUGAAAAAGACCAGUGGUAGAAUCAUUUAUAUUAGUUUAAUGGCUUAGUCUUA